AUGUCGCCAACUGAGUUCUCCAACUAUAUCAAGCAACGCGCAAUGCAGCAACAGAUGCACCAUGGACACGGCAAUGUUUCGUCCACACCUUUGCUCCCACCAAUAGGGUUGGACGUGAUGACCCCGAUUCGGUCGUUAUCUCCCAAUCAAAAUGCACUACAAAGUAACCAACAUGGCGGGACGUUAAGAGGCCAGCAAAACUUUUUUGAGUCAAAUUUUAGUACAGAUUCAAACGCCGGAGUGUUCGCUAAUGGCGCUACCGGCUUAGCUAGUAAAUAUUUAGAGCCCUGUUAUUUAUAUAAUGGCUAUUCUGAAUCAGCAUCAGCUUUGGGGAAGCUUGCACAGCUUCAACCUGUCGUAAUGAACAAACCAAGCAUUGAUGAAAAUGGCUUUGGAUUAGAAUUAGACUGUGAAUUAGCCGAUGUUGCCGUUUUCGAUGAAGCUAACGCAACUAACACCGUCAGUACCUCCGCAGUUGUGACCUCGGCUGUCUCAGCAGCAGCAGCAGCGGCUGCCGUCAUCAUUUCUAUUGCGGGUGAAAAGUCCCACGAAAACAAACCAAAUGAACCUCUCACUGUGGGGGUGGUUCCCAGCCUAUCGGCAACGGCUGCUGCUGCUGCAGUUACGGCUGCCAAAUAUUCCAGUGAUCAGCUUCAACAAACUCAUGGAUCAUCUUCUGUCACCAAUAGCAAAUUGAUCAAUGGCAUAAGUUCCUUCUAUAGCACUGGAUCAUCAUAUCAACAACUACUUUUGGCUAACUGAAUUUUCUUUUGUGGAAAAAAAAACAAAACAUAUCAGCUAUGAAUCGUAAGACAUAUUGCUAUGCACCUUUAAAUUGUUCAUUAUUUUUCAAAUAGUAGCAGAAUGUUUUAAGUUGCAAAAUUUAGUGACUGACCACAAAGGAAGGAUUGGAAGUCUUAUGUGAAAAAGAACAAUUCAAGGCCAUCGUUAAAAAAAUGCUGCACUUUUUGGUAUAGCUUCUAGUGAAAUUGAUCCAUUUUAAGGAUUGGGAAAACAUGCAUUUAUAUUCCCAACAAAAAAACACGAUACGAUGUGUUCACAUAUACCCCAAACCACAUAUACCACAUAUACUUUUAAUCUCCGCAAUGUAUCAAAUGCUGACCUAAUCUGGCGCAGCUGUAUGCAUUAUGCAUACUGCAUAUCUGUAUGUAUAUUCAAAGGCAUGUUUAUG